AUGUCCCAAAACGCAUGGAAAGAGGAAGUUCUCGCCCGAUACGGUCUCACAGAGACAGAUCGCCUCAUCUACGACGCCUUCACUAGAUUCACGGGUAUACUGGAAGCGCCCAAGUCUGUGCUCCCAUACCUCUUUAAUUGGGCCGAAUUUUUAACCUUUCCACACAGAAAAACUCCUGCCGCACCUGGCACCUUGGAGUAUCGAUGGCGUGGUGUCCGAAACAUGAUCGCUAAGAGAAGUAUCCAGGACUACUUCUGGCGAUACUGCACGAUCCACUGGGUGCCUGAGGGCAACGUAGGCACCGUCGAGAGGCAGCAGUCAGUCGCACAUCUUAUGGGUAUUAUCGCUCCAGAGGCACUCACCGCUGCCCUGGUACGUCAUGGAGAAAGAUCUCGUGAAGGUACCCCUGCACUUGGCUCGUCAUCGGGCAUGUACGGUUCAGGCUCUCAGGAAUCUGGCCAUGGGGUUUUCAAUAUGGAUUUCUUCUAA